AUGAGGCCAACAGCAUGGCUCGCGCAAAGCAAAGCCAUAGCGACCAUGGCGCUUUCCCAGUCUUCAAUUCAAGCCCUCGCCCGCCUCCGCGCCUACAAUCCUCCACCUACGCAAUGGUAUAAUUGCCCUCUAACGCGACGCGCCGCCGUCCUCAUCCUGCUCUUCCCUGACCACCACGGCGACCUCAAAGUCGUGCUCACGAUGCGGAGCGCGCAUCUGCGCAACUACGCGGGCCAAGCUGCGUUGCCGGGUGGUAAAACAGACUCUCUCGACGAAUCACCGUUUGCGACUGCGAGACGGGAAGCGUACGAGGAAGUCGGUCUGCCGUGGGAUGAGGGUGGACUAGGGCGGUUGAAGGGGUUCAAGGUCGAGCAUUUAUGCGAGUUACCGGCGAACCUGGCCAGGACCGAGUUGGGUGUUCGGCCAUGUGUUGCGUUUCUGAGACCGGACAAGACACCAUCUGCAUCUUCAUCUUCAUCUGGAGAAGCAGACGAUGUGUCUGUCGAAGAGCGACUAAUACCGCGUCUCGACCCCAAGGAAGUCGCCGCCGUCUUCACCGCGCCGUUCGCAAACUUCCUGCACAAGGAGUGGAAGGGCGAAGGCCCAGGCCCCGUACAGAAGAACGGCAAGCCCGAGAAAUGGUACCGGGGGAGCUGGACAGACUGGCAUGAGAGCAAGUGGCGCAUGCACAAUUUCUAUAUCCCCCGCCCUGCCCAAUCGCCCUCUUCGCUCGCCAAAAACCCCUCACAGACCUCUUCGACUUCGCUUGCUUCGGCGCCGUCGGCGCAGCCAGAGGGCGACGAUCCCCGGCCUGAACCCACUUCUUUCGACGAUUUGACUGCGUUUCGUGUGUUCGGUAUGACGGCGCGCAUCAUGGUUGAUGCUGCGAGGGUGGCGUACGGCGCGGAACCAGAGUUUGAGCAUAAUAGCCAUUUUGGGGAUGAGGAGAUGAUUGGGCGGUUGCUGAAGAUGGGCAGACUGAGUCAGGAGAGGAAGAAGGGGGAGGUGUUGACGAGGGAAGUCAUUAGGGAGGCUAGUAAGAUGUGA